CCCUCACUUUCUCUCUCUCUCUCUCUACUGUCCACCUCUUUCUCUCUCAUCGCCGUCGCUCUAUUCGCGAUAUUUUAUACAAAAAAUCUAUAAAAUUUGUAAAAUUCUCCAUGAAUAUUGUCUGAUUCGUAUCGGUGGAGCUCAACACCGUACGAUUGUGACCGUUUAUACCGGAUUUGGUUUCUAAUUCGUUGAGAUCUGACUACUGGUUUCUUUUUUUAGCUGUUUCUUGUUCAUUGAUUGAUUGUUGAACGGAGAUUGUGUGAUUGUGGAGCAAUGUCUGGACCUCUUGAUCGAUUCGCGAGACCUUGCUUUGAGGGGUCAUCAGGCAACGAUGAAAAAUCCGACAGAAGAGAACGAAGAUCCGAUUUCGAAAAUUCAGAGGAUGAAAGGAGGACAAGAAUCAGUUCUCUUAAAAAGAAAGCACUAAACGCGUCUACCAAAUUCAAACACUCUCUCAAGAAAAAGAGCAGUAGGAGAAAGAGUGAUGGUCGAGUCAGCUCGGUUUCUAUUGAGGAUAUUCGAGAUGCAGAGGAACUACGGGCUGUUGAUGCUUUCAGACAAGCUCUAGUUCUGGACGAAUUGCUACCGGAAAAACUCGAUGAUUAUCAUAUGAUGUUGAGGUUUCUGAAAGCAAGAAAAUUUGAUAUCGAGAAAGCAAAGCAUAUGUGGGCCGACAUGAUCCAGUGGAGAAAGGAGUUCGGUGCCGACACAAUCAUGGAGGACUUCGAAUUUAAAGAGUUGGAUGAAGUUUUAAAGUAUUACCCACAAGGUAAUCACGGAGUAGACAAAAUGGGAAGACCUGUCUACAUUGAAAGACUCGGGAAAGUCGAUCCUAACAAACUCAUGCAAGUUACAAGCAUGGAUCGUUACAUAAAGUAUCACGUGCGUGAGUUUGAAAAAAGCUUUGCUUAUAAAUUCCCCGCUUGUUCGAUCGCUGCAAAACGACACAUAGACUCGAGCACAACAAUUUUGGAUGUUCAAGGCGUGGGAUUAAAAAACUUUACUAAAAGUGCUCGGGAGCUAGUAAUGCGGCUCCAGAAAAUUGACGGUGACAAUUAUCCUGAAACACUCAAUCAAAUGUUUAUCAUCAAUGCGGGCCCUGGUUUUCGAUUGCUUUGGAAUACCGUAAAGUCAUUUCUGGAUCCCAAAACGACUUCAAAGAUUCAUGUUCUUGGAAACAAGUACCAGAAUAAAUUGCUUGAGAUUAUCGAUGCGAGCGAAUUACCGGAUUUUCUCGGUGGUACAUGUACGUGUGCGGAUCAAGGGGGUUGUCUUCUGUCUGAUAAAGGGCCAUGGAAGAAUCCCGAAAUCUUGAAGCUGGCUCUUAACAGUGAAGCACGGCGCGCUAGACAGGUGGUUAAAGUGUUAAACAGCGAGGGAAAAAUUGUUGCGUAUGCAAAGCCUCAGUUACCCAUGCUAAGAAGCAGUGAUACAUCGACUGCUGAAUCAGGAUCAGAAGCCGAAGAUAUUGCGUCCCCGAAAGCAAUAUUGAAUUAUUCCCAUCUUAGGUUAACUCCUGUUCGUGAAGAAGCAAAGGUGACUGGAGCUACAAGUUAUGCAAGUCAAUUUUCUGGAUACGACGAGUAUGUUCCCAUGGUUGACAAGGCUGUUGAUUCUGUAUUGAAGAAGCAAGCGUCAAUGCCAAAACCAUCGGUAGUCCCUAAAGGUACAGGGAUACCUCUUGAAACUGUUGCUGAGGUUGCGCCAGAGAGACUCAACGCACGAAUCAUGGUGUUUCUUAUGGCUUUCUUCAUGACUGUUGUCGCGCUCUUCCGUUCGAUGAUGACUCGUGUGACUAAAAAACUUCAUGACGUACAUGUUACGUCUGAGGAUGUCCGGGAAGAACCCGAUCAGACGUCCACAACAGCGCCUUCAGCUGUGGAGACGGAAGUGGUUUCUUCUGUUUUGAAAAGACUAGGUGAACUUGAAAAUAAAGUGGACACGCUUAAAGCAAAACCGUCUGAGAUGCCUUAUGAGAAAGAGGAAUUGCUAAAUGCCGCUGUUUGUCGCGUUGAUGCCUUGGAAGCCGAACUCAUUGCUACGAAAAAGGCGCUUCAUGAAGCUCUGAUGAGGCAAGAAGAAUUGCUUGCUUACAUAGACAGUCAAGAGGAAAAAAAGAUGAGGAAGAAGAAAUUUUGCUGGUGAAGUGCACUAACAGGAUGACAAGUCAAGCUGUUUGUUUCUUUUCUAAUAGUGUUUGUGUGUAUUGUGCUAUAUGGUUUAACACUUUGCGUGUGAGGUGGUUUAAUCGCGAGUUUACUUUGAGAUUUGUUUGUUUGUUUUAUGAGUUGUGUUUGGUUUUGAAUAUGGUUUGCAUGACAUUUAAAUUUGAUGACAUCUUAGUGAUGUGUUUUAGUUUUAUUUUCAAAAACAUUA